AUGUGGAAGCUCAAGGUUUCUGAAGGCAAUGAUUCAUCGCGGCUUAAGAGCCUCAACAAUCAUAUUGGAAGGCAGUAUUGGGAGUUUGAUCCCAAUCUUGGAACAGCCGAAGAACGAGCUCAAGUGGAGAAAGCUCGAGAUGGCUUUAAGGAGAAUCGGUUUCAAGUCAAACAAAGUUCUGAUCUCUUGAUGAGACUUCAGUUUGCAAAGGAGAAUCCAUGCGAGAUAAAGCCAGGUGAUGAUCAUGAGGUGAAAGUACUGGAAAAUGAAGAAGAAAUAACAGAGGAAGCAGUGACAAGAGUGUUGCGAAGGGGGUUGAGAUUCUACUCGACCCUGCAGGCUGAGGAUGGAUUCUGGCCUGGUGACUACGGUGGACCCUUGUUUCUCUUGCCUGGCUUGGUGAUCGGAUUAUCAGUGACGGGGGCCCUCAGUACAAUCUUGCCUCGUGAGCAUCGACUCGAGAUAUGCCGAUAUAUGUAUAACCAUCAGAAUAGAGAUGGAGGUUGGGGACUGCAUAUAGAAGGGUCAAGCACAAUGUUCUGCACAUCUCUCUCCUAUGUUGCCCUAAGAUUGCUCGGAGAAGCAAUGGACGCGGGUAGUGAUGGUGCCAUGGCAAAAGCAAGAGAAUGGAUUCUUGGUCGUGGGGGUGUCACCUCCAUUCCAUCUUGGGGAAAGAUGUGGCUUUCAGUACUUGGAGUAUAUGAGUGGAGUGGCAACAAUCCCCUUCCCCCGGAAAUGUGGCUUCUUCCUUACUUCUUUCCCAUUCAUCCAGGACGAAUGUGGUGUCACUGUCGGAUGGUGUAUCUGCCAAUGUGUUAUUUAUACGGGAAAAGACAUGUGGGUCCCAUCAAUGCCCUUAUCCUCUCUAUCAGGAAAGAGCUCUAUACCCUUCCAUAUCAUCAAAUUAAUUGGGACCAGGCCAGAAGUCUGUGUGCUAAGGUACGAAUAUAUCGACCCACAUCCCUGAUACAAGACAUGUUGUGGAAUAGUCUUCACAAGGUUGUGGAACCUCUUCUUAUGCAAUGGCCUUUCUCAAAGCUAAGACAAAAGGCUCUUGAAACUGUGAUGCAACACAUCCACUAUGAGGAUGAAAACACUCACUACAUCUGUCUUGGCCCUGUUAACAAGGUACUGAACAUGGUCUGUUGUUGGGUGGAGGAUCCAAAUUCAGAGGCUUAUAAGUGUCACCUUUCCAGAAUCAAAGAUUAUCUAUGGGUGGCUGAAGAUGGGAUGAAAAUGCAGGGAUACAAUGGUUCACAAUUAUGGGAUGUUGCUUUUGCUGUUCAAGCAAUCUUGUCUACCAAACUCGUAGAUGAAUAUGGUUCCAUGUUGAGAAAGGCACACGAUUUUAUAAAAAAUACACAAGUUAAGAUAGAGAACCCUGGUGAUCUUAAUUACUGGUAUCGCCACAUUACAAAGGGCGGAUGGCCUUUCUCGACUCCUGACAAUGGUUGGAUUGUAUCGGACUGUACAUCAGAAGGUUUGAAGGCAGCACUCUUGUUAUCAAGAAUGCCAUUUGAUAUUGUUGGAGAAACUAUAGCAACAGAUCAACUAUAUGACGCCGUCAAUGUCAUUUUAUCACUACAGAACAAUGAGGGUGGCUUUGCUUCAUACGAGCUCACUAGAUCUUUUGCAUGGUUGGAGAUGAUCAAUCCAGAGGAAAUGUUUGGAGAUACUAUCAUUGAUUAUCAGUAUGUGGAAUGUAGUUCAGCAGCUAUUCAGGGGCUUAAAUCAUUCAUGAAAAUGUAUGGUGGACAUCGGAGGAAAGAGAUAGAAGCGUGUAUCUCAAGGGCAGCUAGUUUCAUUGAGAGCAUUCAACGACCUGAUGGCUCUUGGUACGGAUCUUGGGGAGUUUGCUACACGUAUGCAACAUGGUUUGGGAUAAAGGGACUGGUGGCUAGUGGUAAAACAUACUCUAAUAGCUACAGCAUUAGAAAAGCAUGUGAUUUUUUACUCUCCAAACAGCUUGAUGACUCAGGUGGAUGGGGAGAGAGCUACCUUUCAUGCCAUGACAAGGUAUACAAAAAUCUGGAGGGGAACAAAGCACACGUAGUAAAUACUGGAUGGGCUAUGUUAGCUCUUAUUGAGACUGGACAGGCUGAGCGAGUCCCGAUGCCCUUGCAUCGAGCAGCAAAGGUGCUGAUUAAUUCACAGAUGGAAAAUGGAGAUUUCCCUCAACAGGAAAUAAUGGGAGUUUUCAACAAGAGCUGUAUGAUCAGUUAUUCAGCGUACAGAAACAUCUUUGCCAUAUGGGCCCUUGGAGAGUACCGCAAUCGUGUGUUGCUGUCUUCCAAAUCAAAUGGGUCAUGAAGCCAUAAAUCAAAGCCGAUCACCAAGAAAUUAAGAACAUUGUAUAUGUGUGUAAAAUGUUCUUAUAAAUAAAUUAAGGGAAAAU